AUGUAUGCAGAUGACACUAAUCUUACAUAUUCUGGUAGCGAUACAAACACUAUUCAAUUUCAUCUUAAGGAAGAUUUGGAAAACAUUAAUGAAUGGUUAAUAUCAAAUAAACUUACUUUAAAUAUGACUAAAACUGAGUACAUGUUAAUUGGGUCGAGACAACGUUUAAGUACUCUUUCUGACAAUCCUUCUUUUGAAAUAAAUGGAAUUCCUUUAGAUCGAGUUUCGACAACAAAAUCACUUGGUGUCUUAUUAGACGAAAAUCUUACUUGGAGUAGUCCUAUCAAUAAAAUGACAAAACGAAUUGCUUCUGGUAUCGGUGCUAUUAAGCGGUUAAGGUCAUUUGUUUCAUUGGAAACAUUGCAUGUUAUUUACCAAGCUCUAAUACAACCACAUUUUGAUUAUUGUAAUGUCGUGUGGGGAAAUUGUGGGAAAACUUUAUCUAACAAACUUCAAAAACUUCAAAACCGUGCAACGCGGGUGUUGACCUUUUCCAACUUUGACGCCGAUGCCAAUAGCUUAUUGGAAAAGCUAGGGUGGGAUGAUCUAAACCAACAACGCCAAUUUCAAAAAGCAUUGAUGGUUUUCAAAUCUUUAAAUAACCUUGCACCCGAAUAUCUAUUUCUAAAUUUACUAAUCGCAAUAAUGUAACUUCUUAUAUACUUCGAGACUCCGUGAACAAACUUGCUGCUCCUUUACCCCGCACCAAUUAUCUUAAAAAUAGCUUUAGCUAUAGUGGUGCAGUGUUAUGGAACAGCUUACCUAGCAAUAUAAGACAAGCGGAAUCUCUUACUGCAUUUCGACAAUUGUUGAAACAUCAUAUUCGAUAGACACGGCAUUCAUGGAAAACAGGUAUAAAUAUUAAUGUAACAUAGGCGUGAAAAAUUUUUUAAACUUAUUAAUGUAUAGAUAACUUUUUUGUAAACCUGAUGAAGCUACCGUGCUUAAAUAAAGAUUUGACUGACUGACUGACUGACAGCCGAAAACUUCUCUGGCUUAGAAUAUGGGUAACAAAUAGCGACCCGAAAUAAUUGGACGACGGUACCUGGAGCAUCUCUAUGAAACAAAGAUAAUUUCAGCCAUUCAUAGAGUAGACAAAGGGACUGAAACAGGGGUAAUGGCCACGAUGCAUUCAUUUCUAAGGAGGUAUCAUGGAGACAUGGAUCCACACGAGACAGUUAUUUAUGGGCCUUCGACAUCAAAUCAAGUAAAUUUUAAUUAAUAUCGGCAGAAACUCUCAGAUAUAAUCAGUGAAAGUAGAGGGUAAAUACCCUGUAAUUAUCAGAAUAUUCCUAAGGCACAUAAUAGAUACAAUCAUACAGAAGGUUGACUCAACCAAAAGAGCGUUACCUCUGUCACGCCAUGAUUCAGAAUGUUUUGUCAUCAAAAUGCUGAUGCCAUGGUUACGAGAAGUACUCACCGCCAUGGACAUCUGCCCAUUAAUUUGAAUAUUUUAAGGGGAUGAAUGCCUAUCAUAAGCACACUGGUUAGGACCAUGGUGUCAGCACUGCAAUGAUUACACCAAAAUCAGAGCCAAAACCUGGAAGUUGACCUUCUGUAUGCAUCUAUUCUGUGCCUGAGAUUUGUAUUACCAGGUAUACUGUAUAAUACACAGUAUCUGUAUUGGAUAAACACCAGAAAACUGAUCUCACUGCCCCCUUAUUAUUUGAAUUAUGUUUCUUGCUGGCUGAAGUAUGAAAGAAGUGAGAAACAGGUUCCUCACACUGGGGGCCCCAAGGCAAGGUUCUAUGCCCUUAUAUGGGCAUGCACUUCAAAAUAUAGCAUCUUUUUUUCAUAAAUAUGGUAGUUUCUACCCUCCUACCCUUGUAAUUUGAUACAUUUGUUAGGGUUUGGUCUAGUAUGUAUGUAUGUGUGUAAAAAAUUAUUAAAGACACUGCUACUUUUGUUGUGGCAGACUAUACAUCUGAUGGUAGUGAGAAAAUAAUUUAACAGAGAUAAUUAAAAGAUGUUAACAAACCUUGUGACAUGUAUUUGUAGAUUGAAAGAUGGUGGAAAGAGCUCCACGAACGAAAGUUCUUUAAAACACAGUUGUGUUGACUGAAAGACCAAUGCCACUAUGACCCUCAUAAUAACACUGACAGGUAAACAUUGUGAAAGUUAAGUAAAUACCCAUUGUUCAAAUCAACUACUAGUACGUACAGUAUGUUUCAAAUCACCCCUGCAGUGGUACUCAUUUUCAUAAAUAUUCUAAAGCAAAAGUGUUGCAAUAACCUUUAUUCCUAUAACUUUAAUUGUUUAACUAAACUCAUUAAAGUCAUUCUGUUGUUAGACAGAAUUAGAGUAAAAUACUGCGUUAGGGCACAGACAGUGCUCAUGGUCUGUGCUCAUCAGAAGCAAUACUUUCUUUCUCUUUCAAUCUGCAAAAUGUGAAUGUACAAAAUAUAAAUCUGAUAUAGGAUUCCAUCCCAUCUUGUGUCAAUAAUACAUAGUGAUAUUAAUUAUAUUUCAUGGGCUGAAACAUUCACCUAAAUUCAUUAUUCCCUUGGUGAUCCAUCACAAAUUUUGGUAUUUUGUUUUUAAUAUAGGAUGCUUUUGGCUUUUAUUAUGGUGCCACUUAUACAGAAAGAGUUAGAUAUUUUCAGGGAAAAGGUGUGGAACACACACAGGAUCCGAGCCCAAAAAGACACACUACUUCCUGAUGGUGUACCGGAACAUAUUUAUAACUUCCCUGAACAGUACAAUCUUAAAGAAUGCGGUAAGUUGUAUUGGUUUUCUUAUCCUGCAAAUGAUGGGAAUAAUUGUUAAUUGUGAAAUUCAUCACAAAAUUAUAAUUGACUGUUGGUUUUAUAGACCACAGCUGCCUUGCAGGGCCCAGGGAAGAAUUGUCCCCCUCCUAUUUUAUUGGAACCUUUGAAAAUUAUUGUUCUGGCCAUUUUACAUGAAACAAAUUGUGGGGAGUGUCAGGCAGGCAGGCAAGUAGCAUCAACUGACGACCAUAUACAGUUACUAUACUAAAUAUCUAAAAAGACAAUUUCCAUUCAUUUCUACUGCAGGUUUUGCAGUUACUGAGGAACAACUUCAAGAGGCUGCAACAGAAUCUGGUGUUCUUCAAGUCCCACAUGACUUUCUCACUGAAGAGUUCAGAGCAGAAUGCGUGCGUCUCAUUCCAGACAAUGACACGAUUAAUCCAGAUGAAUGGACAAAUGCAUAUUUGUACUUGAAGGAGAAAUGCAUUCUUUCAAUGUAG